AUGAGCAGUGCGACCGGCGCCGCCGGAUCUCACGAUGAAAGACGAUUAUUCGAGCACUUUGUCAUUGCUGGUAAACUUUUGUUGCGAAAUUCCUAUGAAAAAUUAGACAUUUUCAGGGUUGGACAAUAACCAACCUCUGGAGCGCUUGACGCCGUCGUCAGAAGAGUGUGGCCUUCGGAACACGCAGCCACUUGCUCCUAUCACUGAUAUUGCCGUUAUUUUCCCAAGUCUUGGCGAAAAAGUAAGUCUUAUUGGUUUUUGUAAAUAGCAGCAAUGAGGAAGACAUGAGACACUCAGACAAAUCAAUUCGAAUCUAAUUAGAAAAAUUUUCGAAUCUAAAGAGGUUGCGUUAGAAACUAAAAUCAUUUAAUUAGACGUGGUUUUAUCUAAUUUGUUCUUAUUAAAUUCGAAUUGAUUUGUCUAAACAGAAUUUUGAAACGCAUUCUGCCAUAUUGCAGCCACCAGAAGGCUUUGAUGUGAUCGAAUCGACGACGCUCGGCUAUCCGGCAGAUCUGAAUCACGGAUCGCUCCGGCAAAACUCUUGUUUUCUGUGUUUUCGUCGUGGAUAUCAUAAAGCUCCCUUGGUGGACAUUGGGAUUCUGGACGAAGGAAGAGGCGACAAGCCCAUGGUGGAUUCGAAUGUCGUACAAACGACUCCAUUCGGGAGAUCUGCAAAUGUGAACAAUGCGUCUCAAGGAAUCUUUCUCACCUAUCGAAGAGCACCGCCAAACUCUUCACAGAGUCAGUUCGUUGUGACAGAUAUCAAAGUGAUUUUGGCGAACAAGGGCGAGAUUCCACCUCAUACUUACUACAAAAUCACAAAGAACCUGAACAAAGGUCUAGUUGGGUCGGACGUGUUCAUCUGCUACAAAAAAUCACAAGGGACUGCAAAACGACUCGCCUACAAGCCCGCCGUUCUUGAUUACUUUCCGAGAUCAGAUUAUUCGGAUGAAAUGGAGGAUUUCAAACUGGCUCAGAAUGUGGCCAUGUUUUGCUUGCCGAUGGGAGCUCUCAUCGAAUGCUGGCCUACAAAAUGUGCUCCGCCCGAUCGCUCCUUCUCCACAUUCGUGCUAACUGAUGAGGUGAGGCAUGUUGAAUAGGAAAGCGUUGCUGCAAAUAACAUUCUCAGAACGGAACAAAGUUUUACGGCUCAGCGGUCACAUUCUACGAAAGGUACAAACAGAAGCUGACUGAUGAGCAGCUGGAUAAUCUCGAUCUCGGAAUUGAUCUUGACAUGGAGGGAGGAACAGUCGGCGACUCCAACAGUACAAAUGAUCCAGCUGACGAUGUUUGUUUUUUUAAACUGUCAAAGUGAAAAGUUACAAAAUAUUUCAGGUCUUGUUCUACAAAAAUGUGUCAAUAUGCCUGAUCUCUCGUUUUCCAUUCUUUAACUCCUUCAAACGAUUCCUUUUCUUCCUUCAUCGAAUGUCUUCCACGCCAAAUCUCACGCAUUCGGUGCCAAUCGAACGAUACAUCUCUCAUCUGGUAUUGUUUUACAAAAAUUCCUAGAUACUAUUAAAUCUAUUCAGAUGUACGAAGUGUCGUUCCCCACUCCACGACGGCCACGAGUUUUCAUGCAGUUGGGAGCCGAAAACAUAAGCUUCGAUUCUCACGACGAUAGCCAACUUCCGCUGAAUGGUGCCCAACUGAUCGACACUCUCAAGUACUUGGGCAGUGAAAACCUUAUGUAUCUGAUGCUGCUGGCUCUGCUCGAACAGAAAAUUCUGAUUCACAGUUUACGGUGAGUCUUCUUGCACCCAUCAGCUUUUUAUCCUGUUAUAUUCUCCCAGACCUUGGAUGCUGGCGGCUGUGGCUGAAAGUGUAUGCGCCCUGAUGUUUCCUUUCCACUGGCAGUGCCCCUACAUCCCUCAGUGUCCCCUUGGCCUUGCUGGUGUCCUUCAUGCACCACUUCCCUUCAUUGCCGGAGUAGAUUCUCGAUACUUUGAGCUGUACGAAGAUCCCCCGGAUGAUGUUACCUGUUUCGAUCUGGACACUUCAACCAUCAGUUUUUCUUCGGUCCGCGCCACCAUCAAAACAUCCAUUCUUCCCAAAAAACCGGCAAAACAACUGAAAUCUGUGCUUGAUAAAAUAUUCGCCAAACUUCAGUCGGACUCAUCGAAUGCCAAGCCGGAAGGAUUUAUUCCAGUAGAUCAAGAUCUCGUCAAGCAGCGUCAACGGAGAGAAUUCGAGAACGAGAUUCAUGACGCUUUUCUGAAAUUCAUCGCUUCGAUUAUGGACGGAUAUCAGGCAUUCCUGAGACCAAUCAAGAGCGCACCCGCCAACGAUCACGCGACGGACACAGGAAACUUGUUCGAUCUGGAAGGAUUCUUAAAGUGAGGGCUUCAAACGAUUGAAACGUCUCAUGUGUUCUUUUUAGGUCUCGUGAUCGUUCUGGUGAUUUCUACAAGCGGUUCUCAGAAACGCAAACCUUCAUGCGAUUCAUCGAAGAGCGAAGCUUCGUUUCUGACAAAAACACCUACAAUGCUUUCUUCGACGAUUGCAUUGUGAAGCUGAGUAGUGCCAUGAGAAGUAAACUCUUGAUUCUAUGAUUUUCUGUUGAGAUGUCGUUCCAGGUGGUCGUGACAUAACAGAGAUUCAACUUCUGGAGCCGGACACUUCGCACAGCCACACAACGGUAAGAUUGAGUUAGAAAAUGAAAGAUGCGCAUGUGAUGAUGAUGUGAGGUUGCUUUUGUGAGCAAAUCUAGAUGUUCAGAAUACGAUUAAUGCGUUGACCGACACCCGGACAUCAAUGGUUUGUAGUUUAAUUCUUCUUUUUUCAAAGCUAGCCGUCCAACUGAGUGUUGUCCUUAUGUUUGCAUCCCUUUCAUAUCCGCUUCUACUCCUAAGCUCCUUCACGCACACACCACCAACUGGGUCUAUUCCACAAUGCUAACACCUACUAAAAACGGCUUAUUUGCCUGAAUUUUUCAGGAAUAGGCUCAAAAUUGCUUUUUCCGAGUUUGUUUUCCCGUUUUCAGGUGUUCAUCCCGUCGCCCGAACCAUUCCUGAACCAAGAGACUGCAGAAGAGCUGCAGUUUGUUUAUGAGGUAUACCGAAGAACGGUCAUAGAUUAAAAAAAUACUCAUUUUCCAGGAGUUCCCGACAAAAAUGAAAAGUUCUUACUUUCAAUUGGACAGGCUUGAGAAGAGUGGAAAAGACGGAGAGAAAGUACCGAUGCACUUCGGUAAAGUCUUACUUCAGUGGUGGAAAUUCUCCUUUUGUGUUCAGAAGCCUCUCGUUGCUCAGCAGUUCGAACAAAGCCAGAAACACGGUCUUCGCUGCUCGCAGCAACGAAUGCCGUGAAAACGAAUCCUCUUCACGUGAGGGGCUACAAUUUUAAAUCUUAAUUUAUUCUUUUUUUUCAGUGGUCAAAAACCUUACUAUUCUAUUCGUAUUCGUUAUGGUUCAUGCAGCUGGAAAGUCUGCUGAUAGCGGCUCCGAACAAGAAGAAGAUUCUCAGACUAGCUUUCAACGUAAACUGUUUUGUGAUUGUCGACAAUUAAUCUAUUUAAUUUUGAAGGUUCUCGAUAGAAUGGAAAAGACAGAGAUUUUUCCGUUGGACCAAGUCUGCUACCGAAUACUGAUCGAGCUGUGCGGAAAGUACGAACAACCGGAAAUGGCUGUAAAAGUGAUGCAGGCGAUGCAAAGAGCAGGAUUGGAACAAAAUGCGGUCACCUACGGUAUCUACCACCGCGCCGUGAUGGACGCCACAUGGCCGAGUGCUGCUCGACAGAAAGCCAUACGCAUGUGGAGCCUGUUGAGAAAUUUGGUGACGGCAUCUGAAGGCCUGAUGAAGUGGGCGAAUGUAGAGAGGAGGCCGCUGACGACACUCGACACACAGUCGGUUUCCGAUGGAGGAUAUCACAGCGACAACAAGGUGGCCGACGUCGUCAUCCCAGAAACUGAAAUCACUGUGGACUAUGAAAUCACCUCAUAUUCACUGGACACUCCGUCGAAGAAAGCCAGCGUUGACUCGGAAAUCAUUGAUCCGCUUGGAGCGUUAGAGUUGAAUAACCGAGACAAGAAGGAGCGAUCCAAGUCGUUGGGAAAAAUAGGAAUGUCUCCGGCAAGAGCCAAGUUUUUCGCCGAUCACGCCACGCUACCGUUCUCAUCGGAAAACACUCCGAAAGCAGACAAAAAGGUCGAUGGCAAGGGAAGCGGCUGGCUGAAAGGAAUCGCAAACAGUCCAAUGUUCAAAAUGAUCAGAAGCACCACAUUCGAAUCACCUAAACCACCAUCUGCGGAAGGCAGUGACGCCGGCUCUGUAACAAGUGCGAGUCCGAGCUUUCAUUCUGUGGUUAACCACUUCAAGAAAGGAUACGACGAUGUUGUGAAAGACGUCGUUCCGUCCCGUUUCCGUCUGGGCGUAUCCACUCUUCUAAACAAGUCCUACGGAGCAAUGGGAAGUGGAAUGAUUUAUGCGGAUGACAAGGAUGAGAAUCCGUUCUACGUUAAUCCUAAAGAUCCAGCUUACGUUCUGGACUCUGGUUCGCCCGAUUGCUUCUUGACAGAGGAGUUCUGGAUGCGGGAAGUCUAUCUGCAGUUGAAGAGAAGUCGAGAACGACAAGAACGAGGAGAAACUCCGCAGAGAGAGCAGAAACUGCAGACAGGUCGUAAAGAAGUGAGUCUCUGCUCGGCCACGUAUUGUCCUUCGUGUAGAGUAAUGGUUUAUGACGAAGAGAUCAUGGCCGGAUGGAAGGUCGAUGAUCAGAACCUGAAUACCACGUGCCCUCAUUGUGAAUGCAGUGGGAGUGCAACGGAUGCAGCCGCAGAGGCCGUUAAUCAAGACGGCGUUUUCGCUCCGAGACUCAAAAUCAGGAUGCGUUGGAUGGAUGCGCCCAUUCCAAGCUGGUAUCAACAGGGUGGACUUCCAGUUUCUGUGAACACGGUAACUACCUCAACAACUUGUUUAAAUGCUCCGUAAUUAUCUUUUUUCAGACCCCCGAAAAGACAUCCACGAAUGAGGAGGCUUUCGAAGUCGCAUUUGUGAGUCCGCUCGUUCUUCGUCGUGAGCUCGAAACGAUUCUUACCAAUGACAAAGACGCCAUGAAGAACGAAUCACUGAAGGAAACCCAUCCGAUCGUCUUCUGGAACCUUAUUUAUUACAUGCGACGACUCGCUCUUCCCAGCCAUCUUUUCUCCUGGAUCGCUGAGAGACAUCACAUCAGAUGCGUUUUCGACGUGCCUUCUCAGCAUGAAGACGUAUUCCCGCUGUACUUCAUGAAUCCUAAUCACGACGGAAAUCCGAUGUUCGGAACGAAGGCCACGCGAUUUUCGGAAGACGGAAAAGAGACUCCGUUGUACUCAUCGUGGAAGAUUGUCACGGAUUCCGUCAACAAAAACCUACUCUUCAAGGCCGUGCAGACACUGGUAAACUCUUCGAGAUUGGUAAAAAAUGGAACUGUCCACGUCGGAGCACAUUUCCCAAUUUUUAGGUGAGCUAGUAACUUUCUAUAAAAUAUAGAUAAUCAUUAAUCCGAUUCAGAGACAUCCAGUUUGCCUCACUUGAUCUUUUCGGUCGUGCCCUUCUCCGAGAUGCGCUCGAUUCGCAGUAUGAUUCAGAAUCAAACAAACUUCCUCCGAAAAUCAAAGAGAUUCUCCCGAUGCAGGAUCAUCCACUUUCUCAUGUGACAAGAGCCUGUCGCAAGGUGUUCAUGCCACUUGACCUAUUCUAA